GCAGUGACGUCACAUGAUGUGACAGGAAGUGCUGUGUUGCUAACUGUCAGCUGAUAAAGCAACAGAAACGGCUCGGACCCCGACGGUCGAAGGUUUGUUGAUAAGAUUGCCCAUGAUUAUGAUCCUUCUUAUCAAAACUUAAACUUUAUUUGUAUUUUUUACUCAUAAGGGUGUCAUUCUUGACUAAACCGCCUCUUCUUUGUCUGACUGUUGUGUUAAUGUGGAUGUUGACUUCGUGGAGUAGCGUCAGCUAGCGUUGAGCAGCUAACCAGCAGCUCUUAGCUCAACUUAAAUCUGACAGAAGUUCGUGAUAAAUGAGUUAGUUUUCUUCAGGGUCAUUCAGAAGAUAGUCAAGCUGCUCAUUUGUGUGAAGGAGUUUGAGAAAGUUGCUCUAUCACUACAACAUUUAAUUUUUUUAUCCAAUAAAUUAACUUAAAAGUCAUUUAUGACUUCACAGGCCUGGGUAACCGUGUACUUUAGCUCAAACUGUAAUAUACAUGGAAUUAAGGGUGUUAUUAAUUUGUUGUAUGUUAUCAAAUAAAACAAAAACGUGAUAUCAGCCAUCCUUGUCUAAUUAUCGGUAUUGGCUGUUGAUACAAUGAUGUGGACCACUAAUAGAAGUUAAAGGUCUCUUGUCUCAUGUUGUAUCUCCUUCACAGAUGGCUUACCCUAAAUCCCACAACCCAUUCGCAGAUGAUGACGAUGAGGAAGAUUUCAAACCCAAAGGUCGAGGGUUCGAUGAUGAGUUCAAUGACAGCGGGUUGAGUGAAGCAGAGAGGAGACAACGCUACCUUAAGCAGGAGGUGAUGCGUACAGCCAAUUCUGCUGUAGACAGCAGUUACCGCUCCCUCGGCCUCAUCUAUGAGUCAGAGAAGAUGGGUGUGGAAACUGGAGAGGUAUGUUAGAAUAAAGAGCAUAACUUUGCACACAAAGUGCAUCCUUGUCUCCUUGAGCGUGAAGGUUAACUGAAAGAAAUUCUUACUUGAACUCUUUUCCCUCCCUCUCCUUCUAUCUGUGUCUCUGUAGGAGCUAAUGCGCCAGGGCCAAGUCCUGAAAAGGACAGACAAGAUGCUGGACAACAUGGAACAGGACCUGAAAACCAGCCAGAAACACAUCACCAGUAUCAAGAGUGUGUGGGGUGGCAUUGUCAAUUAUUUCAAGGGAAAUUCUGAGACGAAACCACCGCCUGAGGAGCCAAAAGCCUACCAGGGAAGCGACAGGUAAGUUUAAUUCGCUCAUUAUAGAAACAUUUUAUGGCUCAAGUGGCCUUAGAGUAAAAGCCUUACUUGAAUUGGGUAACUGAAAACAUAAUGCGCUAUAGCAUGACACAUUAUGUUUUCAAGUUUUAUCGUUUGCCUGGCUUUAAACCUGGUUCACACAUCCACUUGGACUCAGAGGUAGUUAUGCAUUAGAGAAAAGAACCCGUACUCCAAUCAGAGGUGGAUAUUCUCUACACACUCAGCCCCUCAUGUGCUUGUUGUUAUGUUGAUAGAGAAGGGUCUGCUAACAAUCACAUGCUCCUCACUGAUAGACAGAAAGAGAGAGACAUUAUGCUUGGGAAAUUUCAGUCAGUCAUUUCAUUUUUCUUGAAUGACGUGGAGGUGAAAUCAAUCACUGUUGUUAAUAACCAUUGCUUAAAUUUAUUUUGUGUCCUACCCUGGCUAUUAGACUUAAACGGGGCUCCAUGUGUGUACUGUUAAUUGGAGAAAUAGCCAGUAUUUAUUUUUGUUAAUUAAAAAAGUGUAAAUGUGAAUAAUCUGUCAAGUCAGUCAUGUUGGCUGCAGAUAAAUUGAAAUGCGUUGUACUGGUGUUGUGUUGCAAAAACAAAAGAAUCAAAAGCAGAAGUGUGGUCAAAUGCGGUCAGAGGCUGAACAGUGUUAUCUGACUCUCUCAGACUACAGAGUGCCUUGUCGAGCAGCAGAGAACAUGAAGAUAAGUACCAGGCCAGCCAUCCGAACCUGAGGCAUUUGAACACAGGAGGUAAGAUUAUGGACGAGAAACUCAGCUUGGUGUGACUAAACCAAAUACUGGCUGCCUUCACUGCUUCUGUCUUUGUUCCAGGAUUUGGAGCUUCGGCAUCAAUAGAUGACAGCUCAUCCAGACAGAAUGGACACCCUCAGAACAGACACCUACGAGAGGCGCACCAAACCCUUGAUAAUAACUUGGGUAAAAGCUUUUCUCUUUGAAUUGCUCUGUGUUGAUAAUAGUUUAUGCUAAUGUUUAAUCAGCUGGUAGAACAUUGUCUUUGUUUACUACACUUGUAAAUGUUAGUGUAACUUUGUUGUAAGUUUUAUAAAUCAUAUUUUGAUCAAAUUUCACACUUUGGAAGGCAAACUUUGAAUAACUUCCAACAUCACUUUAUUUUUUUGACUUGGCUCGUGUUUUUCCACUUUUCUGUGAGAUUUAAAGAAAAAAAAUCCCUCGACAUGUUGAUACAACAAAAUACCUUCAAUGUAUCUCUCACUGACCUUUGUCAAUCCUGCAGACGAGAUGUGCAGUGGCCUGAGCAGACUGAAGGGCAUCGGACUUGGCCUUCAGGCUGAAAUCGAUGCACAGGACGACUCCAUUGAUGCUUUGCUGAGUAAAGUGGACAAGAUGGAUUCCAAGAUUCACAACACGAACCAACAGAUCAAAAACCUCAAAUAAAACAAACACUUGGACUCAUCUUACAGAAACAGAAGAAGGCAACAGGUCUGCUCUCACUUUGCUCACCAUCCUGGCCAGCAAAAACCCAUAACUGUGACAGAUAAACAAAUGACCACAUUUGAAUCCAGAGCAGUUUCCUCCAGGGUGACUGACAGCUUUCAUUUCAUUUCUUUUCAGAUUUCUCCUUAAAUCAGAGUCUGCUUAGAGCUGUCUAUCUGCCACCUCAGUGAAAUGUUACAUGUGUUUAGAAGGGAAGACUCUACCAUGAGUGUAGUGAUGUAAGGGACUGUGAAAAAAAAAAAUCUGUUUAUUUUCCUUGUCUCACCCCACUCAACCUCAGCUUGAAUGUAGAAAACCACCAAAGACUUAGAUUGGGUUACUAGUUUGUCUGUCAUAGUUAGUUCAUUCAGGCUGAAGAGAAAAAUGACUUCACAGUAGGGGUAAUAUCUAUGUAAGUAAAUAUUCAGGAGAACAGCACGUGUCUUAAAUAACAGUAUUUCAGAUGUUCUGUUCCUUUGUCAGUGCUAACUUGAAUCCUGGACCUGCCUCCACAAAUGUACACAACACUUUGGACGUCCAGCUCAGCUCACUUUUGCCUUAUAUAUUUAUACAUUUGUACGUCCACUAGAAUAGAUUCCAGUCCUGUGCCAUGAUUCUGUCUCUCCUGGUCUCUCCACAAGAUGCUUUGCUUUGUUUCAAAUAUUGACUUUUGUGUUUAAAGUAUAUCCAUGCUCCUUCCUACUCCUUGCUUCUCUCCAUAGAGUUAUAUAAAUUGUUCAUACCGGGAAAUGUGUGGGAUACUGCAGAACAUGAUCGAGUGAGUAAACGUGCAGCAUAAAAAUGUGAACACACUAGCUGUGAAUAUAAAUGAAGCUACGGAAUAUUCCUUUUAUUAUUUUCAUUAUAUCCUCUUAGGGAUACAUUUAUGAGUGUAUGAACCACUUUGAGAUUUUUAAUGUUAAAAAUUAAAGAUUAAUCCAGGAAAUCAAUAAAACUGAAAAUAAACGGAUGGUCAGAAAGUUUCAUUUUACCAUGUAAUGUUUAUGUAUAUCACUACCACAAACCCCAAUAAAAACCCUUUAUGAACAGGAGUUGCUG